CUGUGCAAGACUUUCGGGUCGCCGUAUUCUUGCUGUGCUUGGGUUUCCCACUUUUCCUCUCCACGCUGGAAUUAUCCCCCUCACGCAAAGGACUCGCACGGUAACAUACCCGCUCCCGGCGCAACGGCACGGCACCGCGCCUCGCCGCCGGUGAUCUGGCCUCUUCCAGCGGGGGCACCAGAGAACCACCCCUAACCCCUCCCCUCCCCUCCCAUCGAACCGGCGCGAAGAGGAUGGCGUCCCGGUGGGGCAGCAGCAGCUGCGCGCUCUGCGAGGGAUCCAACCUCCCCUCCUGCUGCGCCGCGUGCGUCAACGGCAGGCUGAUCGAGUACCACACGAGGUUGCGCAUGAUGAGGAGCCUCCGCGACUCCCUCCACUCCCGCAUCGCUGCGCGCCUCGAGGCCCAGAGCAAGGCGGAUGAGCAGAGGACCUGGAGAGGGAGCAAAACUCAAGAUAUCAAGCAGUUGAGGGACCGGCUCAAUGAAUUGAAGAGACAAACUGCGAUAGACAAGACCAAGGUCGAGCAGGCAUCGAGUGAUCUCAAGGCACAGACUUCAUUGUUGCAUCUGGCUUUUGUCACGUUAAAAAAGAGGCGAGCUGAUGCAACAGCAAUGCACACCAAUGCCAUGAAACUCGCACAGAUGCAAUUUAUGGCAGCCACCUCACGACGUCUGAAAAUGCAAUCAAAAGCUAUAAAGCAACUGUGCAAGUUGUUACCAAUGCGACGAGUUAUUAAAGAGGGAGAAAAGAAAGAUGGCUACAGUGGUCCAUACGAUGCAAUAUGUGGGACUCGUCUUCCUCGUGGUCUUGAUCCACAUUCGGUUCCAUCAGAAGAGCUAUCGGCUUCAUUGGGGUACAUGUUACAACUCGUCAACAUUGCAGUUCGUAUCCUAUCUGCGCCUGCUCUUCAUAUAUCAGGUUUUGGGGCUUCAUGUUCACAUAUAUGGCAACGGAGUUCCUACUGGAACACACGUCAGUCCCAGAGCAAGGUUUACCCUCUUUUUAUACCUAGGCAAAACAUUUGCUCAGGUGGCGAGGAAAGUUCAUUGACAGGAAGUGGUUCGGAUAACUUUGGUGUUGACUCUGUGGAUUCUGUCAAGAAACAGUCUUUUGAUUCCAAGAGAAGUAGUAACUUCAACUUUUCUGUUGCAUCUUCUCACUCCAUGGAGAGGCAUCAAGACUUGCAAAGAGGAAUAUCACUAUUAAAGACGAGUGUUACCUCCAUUACUACCUACUAUUAUAACUCAUUGGGCUUGGAUGUGUCAUCCAAUCUUUCUACUUUUGAGGCAUUUGCAAAGUUGCUCCAUAUGUUAUCGUCAUCGAAGGCCCUUCGAGCUGCUCUUGAAUCGAACAUUUCUUCAAGAUCAGAGAAGCAAGUACAGCAGUUAAACAGAUCAAUUUGGAAGGCAAGCUCGGCCAUCUCAUCCGAGAGUAGUAUUAUGGACAGCAUGCACACAGCUAUCAUGCCGAGCUCUCUGGACAACCUCCUCCUGAACUCGAACGAUAGCUUCUUGUACACCGGUAAGCCGGUGAAGCACGGAGGCAUGCCAGACAGCAUCUUCGACGGCUGGGAUUUGGUCGAGCGCGAGGUCCUACCGCCGCCACCCUCGCAGGUUGAAGACGUCGCGCAGUGGGAAAGGGCCAUGUCUGCUGGCGCCAAGAAGAAAUGACUUCUAUUUAUUAGUCAUUCUCUGAAGACCAAGCUGUCAGAACACUGCAAGAGCUUCAGUUAGAUAUGGACCUGAUCAUGAGGAUCUGGUUUAUGUACAGAACUGAUCUCAACCUGUAGUAAUGUGGCUGUCGUGCAAAAUGCAGACUACAGAGAAGAGACUUGUGCUAGUAGGAUAGGGUUGAUCAACUCUCAUAUUUACAUCACUUCUAAAUUUGUAAAUAUAACUUCUAUAUAGUUUACGAAAGGAAUUAAAAUACUUC